AUGCCUCUCUGGACAGGAGUUGUUGGCUGCCCAAUGGGGGAGGCAGGGUUUGUGGAUGCGUGGUUACGCGCCCAGGUGAGCAGUAUCGUGAGCUACAUCGACAAGACAGUUCUUUCGCUACGUGCUGCGAGCCCCCACGCGCUGUGGGCCGCCAUCUACUACUCCUGCUCCGCCAAGUUCGACUUCAUCCUUCGGCACCUCCCUCCCGACAAGACGGUGUCCCACGCUCGCGUCGUCGACGCUGCGCUCACCCGUGCCGCUGAGGCGUGCGGCUACGAGGGCGUGCUCGGCGACGCCAUCACCGCGCGGCGGGCUCGCCUGCCUGCGCGGAUGCGCGGCCUCGGCCUGCGCUCGCUCGAGGAGGUGGCGCCGGCUGCGUUCUGCGCCUGCUUUGUCGAGGCGGCCGAGAGGUUCCUCGACAGGUCGACGCCCGGCGGCGGCAGAGAGCGCGGCUUCUUCCAGAUGCUCGCUCCGCUCUUCGGCCACGGCGCCUUCGAGUUGCCGUACCCGAACAGCCCUCGCCUCUCGCGCUUCCUCUCGGGCUGCACCACCAACGUCAACCCGCUCGGCGCGCAGCUGGGGCAGCUGACGCCGACGGGCGAGUCCUUCAAGAAGGCGUGGGAGGGCAUGCAGCGAGAGGUCCGCGGCGAGGGCGUGGCGGGACCUCUCGAUGUCCGGGCUCCCGAGGCUGGCAACGGGCGGGCCGGCAGCGCUGGGCUACAGCGGCAGCUGACGCAGCAGCGGGAGCAGGUCAAGCGCAACCAGCUCAGCCGCAGCAUCCUCGGGCUGCCGCACGGCGACACGCGGCGGGAGGCGUGGCUGGCCGUCGACUCGUUCUC